AUGCCCUCGGCCAAACAAAGGGGCUCUAAGGGCGGCCAAGGCGCCGCGAGCCCCUCGGAGAAGGUCGCCCACCCGUCGGGCGGCGCGGAUGACGUGGCCAAGAAGCCGUCGCCGCCGCCACCGCAGCAGCAGCCGCCGGCGCCGCACCAGCACCCGCAUCAGCAUCAGCAGAACCAGGCGCACAGCAAGGGCAGCCACCGCGGCGGUGGUGGCGGCGCCAAGUCCUCCGCCGCCUCCUCGUCCUCGGCGUCCUGCUCGCGCAAGCUCGGCAAGGCGCUCAACUUUCUCUUCUACCUCGCCCUGGUGGCGGCGGCCGCCGUCUCGGGCUGGUGUGUCCACCACGUCCUGGAGGAGGUGCAGCAGGUCCGGCUCAGCCACCAGGACUUCUUCCGGCAGCGUGAAGAACUGGGCCAGAGCUUGCUGGGCGUCGAACAGAAGGUCCAGUCCCUGCAAGCCACGUUCGGGACUUUUGAGUCCAUCUUGAGGAGCUCUCAGCAUAAGCAGGAUCUCACGGAGAAAGCUGUGAAGCAGGGGGAGAGCGAGAUCAACCGCAUCAGCGAAGUUCUUCAGAAGCUGCAGAACGAGAUCCUCAAAGACCUCUCGGACGGGAUCGACGUGGUGAAGGACGCUCGCGAGCGGGACUUCACGUCCCUGGAGAACACGGUGGAGGAGCGGCUGACGGAGCUCACCAAGUCCAUCAACGACAACAUCGCCAUCUUCACCGAGGUCCAGAAGAGGAGCCAGAAGGAGAUAAACGAGGUGAAGGCCAAGGUCGCCUCUCUGGAGGAGUCUGAGGGUUACCAGCAGGACUUGAAAGCCAUGAAGGAGGUUGUGAAGGAGAUACAGAUGUCGCUGAAGUCCAGAGACAAGGACCUCGAGGCCCUGAGGGGCACCCUGCAGACCAUGGAGUCGGAUGUGUACACGGAGGUCAAGGAGCUGGUGAGCCUCAAGCAGGAGCAGCAGAAGUUCAAGGAGGCGGCUGACACGGAGCACAUCACCCUGCAGACCCUCAGCGAGAAGUUCCUGCAGACCGAGGAGGCCGUGUCCCGCCUGCCCGGGGAGCUCAGGAGACUGGAAGAGGAGCUGGGUCACCUGCGAGCUGACUUCCACCGGCCAGAGGAAGAUGGGGCACCCGGGGCCUUCGAAGCGCUGCAGAGAAUGAGUCAGGGGCUGGACUCCCGGCUGCAGGACGUGGAAGACGGGGUGCAGUCAGCACAGGCGACGGCGACGCGCCACUCGGAGAGCCUGGAGUCCCUCCUGUCCAGGAGCGAGGAGCAGGAGCAGCGGCUGGCCGCCCUGCAGGAGCGUGUGGAGGGCCUGGGCCCCGCGGACGGGGACAAGGACGGCGUGGUGGCCACCGUGCGGAGCCUGGGCGAGGCCCAGCUGGCCCUGUACGCCGACAUGGAGGAGCUGAAGAGGAGCAUGGGCGAGCUGCCCAGCACUGUGGAGGCACUACAGCGGGUCCAGGAGCAGGUCCACACGCUGCUCGGCCAGGACCCGGCCCGGGGCGCCCCCCAUGACUACCUGGACAAACUCUCCUCCCUCGACAGCCUCAGGUCCUCCAUGAACCAGGUGGAGUCGGACUUGAAAAUGCUCAGGACCGCGGUGGACAGCUUGGUGGCCUACUCGGUCAAAAUCGAAACCAACGAGAACAAUCUAGAGUCGGCCAAGGUUCUGCUGGACGACCUGCGAAGUGACCUGGACAGACUGUUCCUCAAGGUGGAAAAGAUCCACGAGAAAGUCUAA